CCCCAUCAAUCCGUCCAACGAAUAUUUAGUCGAUUUAGACAAUUCACUGUCGACAUGUGGUCCGCAUGGUAUAGACAUCCGUGAACUGACCGUCAGUGAAAUCAAUGAACAUUUUCGCACGGGCAGAUUGUCAUCGUUAGAGUUGACCGAGUGCUAUCUGAACCGAAUUUCUGAAAUGGAUGACCAUCUUCGAUCGGUCAUUGAGAUAAAUCCAGAAGCGAUUACGUUGGCACAAAGAGCCGAUGCGGAACGAUUCACUCGCUCAAAUAAUAGUCCGAUUCAUGGCAUCCCGAUUCUUCUAAAGGACAACAUUGGAACGUCUGAUUUAAUGCAAACCACGGCAGGAGCAUUAGCACUCGAAGACGUGAGACCGAUACGUGAUUCCGAAGUAGUUGAUCGACUUAGAAGGGCUGGUGCUAUCAUUUUGGGCAAAGCCAGUCUCUCCGAAUGGGCUAACUUCCGGGGUAAUAUACCAAGUGGAUGGAAUGGCCGUCGAGGUCAAACUGUUAACGCAUACGUUUUAAGACAAAAUCCUUCUGGCUCGAGCAGUGGUUCAGCGGUAUCAAUAUCAGCUAAUUUAGCCAUCCUUUCGCUUGGUAGUGAAACAGAUGGUUCCAUAAUUUCACCGUCUACAAGAAGCGCUAUUGUCGGCUUAAAGCCAACAAUUGGAGCAGUUUCAACUGCAGGAGUAAUUCCGUUGGCCUUUUCGAACGAUGUGGUUGGUCCAAUGGUUCGUACGGUGGAAGAUGCUAGCAUUUUGAUGGGAGUCAUUUCUGACAUUGACAUGCAGGGAUGUGACUUGAAUAUUGCCACAUGUCUCGAGAAUCGGAAAUUCAAGAUUGGAGUUCUGAGGGAACCAUUCUGGAAUCUCAAUGACUCUAAUUUGGCUCCGAUAAUUCCAGAGCUUGAAAAGUGUCUGAACAAUUUACACGAAAAUGGCAUGGCCGUUGUGGUGGAUCCAGUCACAUUUCCAUUCGUUCCAAUUGAUCGCCAGAAAGCGAAUAUCGUCUUCCGGCAUGAAUUCCGACAUUCCGUAAAUCUGUAUCUAGCAAACGAUGUCGAGCACAGAGAAAUCGAACGAAACAGGACGAUCUACUCGUUGGCGGAUGUCAUAAAAUUCAACGAACUGAAUCCACCAGUCGAAGGAUACAAUCAAAGCAUCCUGCUAUUAUCCGAAGCUACAAACGGCCUGCGAAACAAAACGUACGUGUCCUCGUUGCACGAAUAUCGACGUGACGCAAAACGAUACUUGGACUCAGUUCUGAAUGACGUCGAUGCAUUGGCUACGCCUUGCCAUAGUAACGGCACUCCACUUUUGUAUUCACACGGAGCUGCUGCCGGUUAUCCGUCCAUUACGGUGCCAGUUUCGACCUACGCUGCAGGUCUGCCAUUCGGAUUGUGUCUUCUUGGUCGGCCAUUUUCGGAACCUAUUCUACUGAAAUUGGGCUAUUUCAUUGAACAAACUCGCACAGGUGGAAGGCCUGUGCCACGGUUUUUGUAAAAUUUUAAGAAAUGAAAGAAAAAUUUGAAAUGUAACAUCAGUCAGUUUUAAGCUCUACCAGAAGCACUGCUUCUGGUAUGAACACAAGACAUAUUCGGAGGCUAACUACCUACAAGCAGA